CUUCCUUUCUUUCCAAGCCUGUAGCAACUGAGGCCAGUAAAAGAGAGAAUAAGCAACUAUGGAUGGUACUGCAUCCCCAAAACUUGAGUCAGAAGCAUCUCCAGAGGUCAAUGCAAAAGAAGCUCAACCGCUCAAAAAAACGGAAAACUGCAGUUCAGAAAACUGUUAUGAGGGUGAGAGUUGGAGAAAACGCAAGAAAGCUUAAGAACGAAGGGCUGGCUUCCGAUUCAUGGUCUUGGAGAAAAUAUGGACAGAAGCCUAUAAAAGGAUCUCCUUACCCAAGGGGCUACUACAGGUGCAGCACAUCCAAGGGUUGUUCAGCCAGAAAGCAAGUAGAGAGAUGCAGAACUGAUGCUUCAAUGCUCAUCGUUACCUAUACGUCUACUCAUAACCAUCCACCUCCUGAUCGUCCCUCCAACUCCAAUCUAAAUCUACCACAAAACUCCCAAAACCAGACCGUUGAAGAUCUUCCAGCGACUUUGAAAGUGGAAGACCAAGAAGAGAAAGAAAGGGAAAAAGAUCACAAGCCCACGACGGUCAGCUAUGAAUGUGUGAAAGAAGAAAAUUUCUAUUACUUGCAAUCGCCAAUUCAGAGCUCUGAAGACAUCAUUGUUGACCCAGAAGAUCCUUUCCAACUGAACCCAGAGAAAAUACAUGGUAGAAUAGAUCUCCUCCCAGAAAAAGAGCUCCCCAGUUAUUCUCAGUUCAAGAACUCGUCGACACCCAAAUCCGAAGAGCAUGACUUUUUCGAUGAACUUGAAGAGCUCCCCAUAUCUUCACCUUUCUUAAACUUAAUGAGGCGCAAUUUCUCCGAGGAAAGGAUUGUGGUUGCCCCUUCAUGAUUUAAGUUUGUUUCUUUGGCAGGGGUUGCUGCCCAACGAAUGUAACUGAAAUGUUCAUAUAUAAAAUUCCCGUUUCA